AUGAUUGCCAAUAAAUUUUUUGGGACGGCCAGUUUGCUUUUAUCCAGUUUUGCCUUGUACAAAUUUUUUUAUUACGUGAGUGGUGAUGUUAUUUUUGGAAACGGCUCGUACACUGUGUUAACGAGAUCCUGUCCGACCGACAUUUGGAAUCAGUUUCUCUGGAAGUUUUUAUUUUUGGCAGGUUUUAUUGUACAGAAAACCAAUUAUUUUCAAAAAUUUCUUAAUUACUUUUUGGAUAUUUUUAAUCUGGAAAAAUCAUUAAGAGCCGUCAAUUUGCUCAUCACGUCAUCCCUGAUUCUGCUAAAUUUAUUCUAUGGACAAAUUUUUAAAGAUGAUUUUUUUGUUUGGAAUCAUCUUUGUGUGGAAAAGCAUGCUGAGCUGAUAAAUUUCGCACUUCGCUGCUUUCACAUCACGUCAUGGGUGCUCAUCGCACUGGCCAUCUUAGGUCUUGAUGUCUUCACUUACGUUGGGUUCAUUUCCGUGAAUCAGAAUGACGAGGACGAGAACUACCACAUGCGUCUAACAAGACAAAAAAAUGCAUCUGUCAGUGGAAAACCAAAUUAUAAGUUUCCAGGGAUCCUAUUGGUGAUGCUGAUGUUUUGGUUGGUGCCAGGAUGGAAAACUUGCUACGGAAUCGUUGGAGGAAAUGACGUCAUGCUAGCGGUAUUCUAUACUAUACGGAAUUCUAUACUAUACGGAAUUCUAUACUAUACGGAAUUCUAUACUAUACGGAAUUCUAUACUAUACGGAAUUCUAUACUAUUCUAUACUAUACGGAAUUCUAUACUAUACGGAAUUCUAUACUAUACGGAAUUCUAUACUAUACGGAAUUCUAUACUAUACGGAAUUCUAUACUAUUCUAUACUAUACGGAAUUCUAUACUAUUCUAUACUAUACGGAAUUCAAUACUAUUCUAUACUGUACGGAAUUCUAUACUAUUCUACACUAUAUCCCUUCAACUUCCACACCAAAAGAACAAGCUUUUUCAAAAUCUGGAAAGCUUGUAGAUAUAAAAAGAAAUGAUUGCGAGAUAGCUCAAAUUGAAGGUUGUGUGUGUUUAAAUGAUUGGAUGGAAUUAAUUAGCAAAUAA